AAGCAUCUGACGCUUCCGCUCCACCCCACCCCACCCCACCGCCCCCUACCCAACACACCGGCUAAAGUUCUAUAUAAGGCCCGCGGCUCUCCUUGGAGUCCAUCUCAUACUGCUCGCUGAUUGCUUUAGCGUUUUCUAGAGUCUUCAACUGUUGGUGUAGUUUGUGAUCUUUUAUUUGGUGAUCUCAUGGCGGAGGAGCACCACAAGGCUGUGGAGAGUGGUGAGGAGGUGGAGGUGCAAGACCGGGGUUUGUUCGACUUCCUGGGGAAGAAGAAAGAGGAGGAAAAGACGGAGGAGUGCCAUGAGGAGGUCUUGGUUAGCGGGGUGGAGAAGAUCCACUUAGAGGAAGCCGGGAAGGAGGAGGAUAAGAAGGAAGGCCUUUUGGAGAAGCUGCACCGGUCUCACAGCUCCAGCUCUAGCUCGUCGAGUGAUGAUGAAGAAGAAGAAGAUGGAGGAGAGAACAAAGAGAAGAAGAAAAAGAAGAAAGGGCUGAAGGAGAAGAUCAAGGAGAAGCUCGGCUGCGAGAAGAAAGAGGGCGAAGAAGAAGCGAAGUUGACGGAGGUCCAUGUCGAGCAUGAGGUCGUGGCGGCAGCGGUGGUGACCGACGGUGACGACACUGAAGUGAUCGUGGAGAAGUUGGAUGAGUCGACCGUCAAGGUAGAAGCCGGCCCUGAGGGGGAGGAGGAGAAGAAAGGGUUCCUGGAGAAGAUCAAAGAGAAACUGCCCGGCCACAAGAAGCCAGCGGAGGAGGUCCCUGUUGCGUGCGUGGCGGAGCACGAGGGCGAGGGCCAUGAGGGGAAGGAGAAGAAGGGUAUCCUGGGGAAGCUGAUGGAGAAGCUGCCGGGUUACCACAAGGCCGAGGAGAAGGAGGGGGAGAAGAGCAGCCCUGCCCACUAGGAACUCUUUCUCAUGCCGGUGUCAAUACUCUUCUGAUGUGUUUGGUUUGCUGCUGGUCGUGUGUCAUGCAUCUGCAAUGCUUUUGGUUGGUAGUCUUGGCUUUCGAAUAGGUGCCUGGUUUCAUGUUUUGGUGCCACUGGGGUUUCUUUGCUGCAAACUAGAAUGAUGAUCGAUUGGUAUUCAUUGUGCAUACAUAUCUAUCAAUUAUACAUCUGUUUUUAUGUCUA